CACAAAUAUUAUAUACACAUACUACUGGUAUACAUACAGGAAAAUACAUCAUAUAUCCCACACACACACAGUCACACAUACACCAACAUUUCACACACACACUCUCAAAACCCCCUUUUUCCCUUUUUCAUCAAAAUCUCUCAUGGCUUGUCGGCCAAUCAAACCCUAAAAUCUCACAUUCGCCGGAAAAUCUCACUCUUUCCACGUUUCCUCCCUAUCGCCACUGUAAUUUAUUAUCAUUAUUAUUAUCACUAGUCGGAAUUAGUGAUAUAUCUCCUUUAUUAUUAUUAUUAUUAUUAUUAUUUUAUAUAUAUAUAUCUCCAACACAUACAUAGUGUAUAUUUUGUGGCUAUAGUUAAGAUCUCAGAGUUCAGAUUUGUGAAAAAGCAUGUACGUGGUCCCACCACCUAAGCAUUCGGAUCCUUUAUCCGGAUCCAAUAAUGGCCCGGAUAACUUGAGAAUUUAUCAGACAUGGAAAGGAAGCAAUAUAUUUUUCCUGCAGGGAAGGUUUGUGUUUGGGCCAGAUGUAAGGUCACUAGUGCUGACUAUAUUUCUAGUUGUAGCGCCUGUUUCGGUAUUUUGUGUUUUCGUAGCGAGCAAACUCAUGUAUGAAUUUGAAGACCAUUGGGGGAUAUCCGUUAUGGUUGUGGCUAUUAUAUUCACAAUUCAUGUUUUAGUACUUCUAUUAUUAACCUCUGGAAGGGAUCCUGGUAUCAUUCCACGUAACGCACAUCCCCCGGAACCAGAAAACUUUGAUGGAAAUACUGAAGGUAAUGCCCAAACCCCGCAAUUGCGGCUGCCUCGUAUUAAAGAAGUUGAAGUUAAUGGCGUAACCGUGAAGAUCAAAUAUUGUGAUACCUGCAUGCUUUAUAGACCUCCCCGCUGCUCACACUGUUCUAUUUGCAAUAAUUGCGUCGAACGAUUUGAUCACCAUUGCCCUUGGGUUGGGCAAUGUAUAGGUCUGAGAAAUUAUCGAUAUUUCUUCAUGUUUGUGUUCUCCACGACCCUACUUUGUAUAUACGUUUUUAGUUUCUGCUGGAUCUACAUAAAGAGGAUCAUGGAUACAGAGGACAUAACAUUGUGGAAAGCAAUGAUCAAGACUCCUGCAUCCAUUGUGUUGAUUGUCUACACCUUCAUAUCAGUGUGGUUCGUGGGUGGCCUAACUGCCUUUCAUUUAUAUCUUAUCAGCACAAAUCAGACUACAUAUGAGAAUUUCAGAUAUAGGUAUGACAGGCGAGCCAAUCCCUAUAACAAAGGAGUCAUGCAGAAUUUUGGUGAGAUAUUUUGCACGGAAGUCCCUGAAUCAAAGAACAAGUUUAGGGAAUUUGUGCCAAAAGAACCAGGGAUCGGAAGUCGGUCUGUUGGUGGUGGGUUUGUGAGUCCAAACAUGGGAAAGGCAGUCGAGGACAUUGAAAUGGGAAGGAAGGCGGUUUGGGGUGAUAGUGGGGCGGGAUUAGAUCACCGUGAAGGACAACUGAGUGAUAAUGAAGGAUUGACCAUUAAAGAAGCUGGAAUAGGUGAAAUGUCACCAGAGAUAAGAACAACAGUGGAUGAAGGGGACCGUGCUAAUAUUAUGCAUGCAAGACGAUCAAGUUGGGGUAGGAAAAGUGGGAGCUGGGACAUGUCACCUGAAGUUCUUGCUUUAGCUUCAAGAAUGGGUGGGGGUGGUGGUGGUGGUGGUAGUAGCAGUGGUGCAGCAAGCUCACGGCUUACAGAAUCUAAGUCAUGAUAGACUGAAUUUAACACACUGGUAGAUAGGAGUUUGGUUGCUGGUGAUUAUGGAGGUGUGCGAGUAUGAGUUUUACCGGGAUGUUGGUGUUUGGGUUGAUUAUGUGUCGGUCGCCCUGUUGUGGUGUGAUUUUAUAAGACCGCUUUCUUCAUUGCCGGAUAAUCUGUAAAAUUAGUUGGUGCUAUUCGGUUUUACUGUGUAUGCAUGAUCCGAAUUCCUUCACAAGAUCCUCUACUGUUGUCAUUUGUUAUUGUGCAACUUUAUUCUAGGGAUGUUGUCUGGUUGGCUUUGUAGUCUGUACAUUAUUUGCAUUAAAACUCUGGAGUUGAAUUGAUUGCUUAUUUUGACGAGUCUUAGAGGCUAAGUCGGCCUUACUAUAGUAAUAGCCAAGUCUUGUGAGAUUUCUAUGAUUUCCCUGUUCUAUGCUCAAUCGAUCUGUAGAUUUCUCUAUUACUCCAUUACAGUCGGAUUGUUUUUUUUGUUUUGUUU